AUGGAAAUUGAUAACCUUGAUACUCAGCUUUUUGCUCAAUUCCAAUUGAUUGCCCAAGACAAUGGCCCUCAAAAUGCGCUUGGUGGUUUAACAAUCCUCUUCAAGCUCCUUAAGAAUAUUUCAGAAAACCCUGGCGAUCCUAAAUACAAAUUUAUCAAAAAAAGUAACAAAACCAUUUCAAGCAAGCUACUGAAUUUGCGCCACAUUUCUGAGGUAUUAACCUUAAUUGGGUAUAUUGAUAAAGAUCAAGAUAACUAUGAAUAUGCCAGCCGUUUACGAGAAAGUCUAGAAAUUGUUUUGACUAUUUUGGAAGUCUUUAAUUCCGAACUAGAAGACUCUUUAAAAACCCCAGAAGACCGCGAGCGUGAACGUCUACAGAAAGAAUCUGAAGAAGCUAGCAAAAAAUUCAUUGAGAGUUUCCAGUCUGAGAGAGUAAACAAUGCUUUACUCUUUUACCAAAAGUAAAUUUUUAAAAAAAAUUAUAUUAAUAUUAAUAUUUUUAUUUUUAUUCAAAAAUAAGAGAUCUAUUGGGAAAAAAAUAAUAAAAUUAUUAAUAAUAUGAUAUUUAAAAACUUUGAUUGUAUUAUCGAUCUCGAAGGGAUAUUAGCAAAUGUACUUGGCUCUACAUUGAAAACCAAAAGAGGAAAUAUUCAAACAUCAAGCUUAAAAGACGUGAAAUUUGUCCUACUUUAUUUUUCCGCUCACUGGUGUGGGCCUUGUAGAGCUUUUACUCCUCAAUUGACUAUGUUUUAUGAAACAGUGAAUGCCAAUGGAAAGCAGCUGGAAAUUGUUUUUGUCAGCUCAGAUAGAAGUCAAGAGCAGUUUGAUGAGUAUUAUUCUACAAUGCCAUGGGCUGCAGUCCCUUAUUCAGAUUCAGCAGCAAGGGGGAGAGCUGGACAAAUUUACAGGAUCCAUGGAAUUCCAGCUUUGAUUUUGAUUGAUAAGUCUGGAGUCGCAAAAUCGGACACUUGCAGAGAUGAUGUGUCAAGAAAAGGCCCAACAUGCUUGAGAGAUUGGGAAAGAAUCCUUAAUUCUUAA